CAAUGAGCGUGGAAUGAAAGAGUGCCACUUGACAUCAACACACGGGAUAGAAACACACACACACACACACACACACACACACAGGGAGCUGAUCCCAGGAGUCAGCUGACAUUUGACUCCGUAGAAGUCAGGUAUCAGUCAUUAUGGAGGUAACCUGGAAACAGCUGUACAGUUUGGGCUUUUCAGAAGCUUAACAAUGGCACAGUUGUCGUGUGAAAAAGGAGGAAAAAGAGGUGUUUGACUUACUGACUGUGAGUGACAGAGAGUCCAGGGUACGGCAAGGUUGUGUGUCUAUCUUAGGAAAGGCCCAGACUGAAGGUGGGAGGAGAAAGGAAGGAAGUAAGCUGUAAUAUGUCCAGCACUGAAAGGGGUGUGAAGGAGGCUAUAGACCACUCCUGGAGGCAACACUGUUGGAUUUACCUGAGCUAUUUCUGAUAAUAACAUCUCUCUGGACAAAUAGGCUUGUUCUAUUUUUACCAACCUACGUUUCUCCUCUCUUUAUUUGCGGCACUAGAAACAUACACAGAGAUAAUCAUAUUGGUGACUGCUGUGCUUAUAUGCAGUCCCACCAGUUAUGUAAAAUCACCCUCAAUCAGUUCACUUAGUCUGCACAAUCAGCAGCCUUCUAACAUUUAGUCACACACGGUCAUCCAACUGCAGCCACAACAGACAUAGAAUAGAAUUCACCGGGCACCAUGGCGAACUCCCGUGAGAAGAACCUGGAGGAGGACGCGGUGUUCGAGCCGGUGACCGAGGCCUGCCCGCACUUCCUGCACAGCGAGGCAGAGCGCGGUGCCGUUGAGUGCCUGCUGAGUAACGGGCCCGGAGCCUUCUACACGCGGCUCAAUGCCGAGCGCCUCGGCCCCUUCCUCUCGCCCGACGAGGUCAACCAGGUCAGCGGCUGGGCCCAGGACUACCGCUGCAGCGAGGUGGUGGUGGAGGAGGAGAUGGAGAUGGAGGCGGCCGUCGGCUUCGACCAGAUGGACGGAGAGGGCCAGGGAAUGAUGGACUUCUCGGCGUGCUACUUCCCCACGCACUCGGACACCCCUGCCCCUCCCCUGGAGCUGGGCUGGCCGGAGAAGGAGAGCUGGGACUGCAUGGGCCAAGCCAGGGUGUACACCAGCCCACCAGUGGAGGAUGCGCCGCCUGUGCGAGAGGUGGUGAGGAAAUUGCUACAAGGGGCCAAAAAGCUCAUCGCCAUAGUGACAGACAGUCUCUCAGACAGCACUGUGAUUGGCGACCUUCAUUCAGCUGCUUCACUUGGCGUCCCUGUCUACAUCAUCCUCAACCAGAGGUCCGUUCAGGAGAACUUCACCCCACACAGGCUUCGACAUCCCAACAUGAGGGUGCGUGUCUUGGGAGGCAAGACCUUCUGCUCUAGAGAAGGGAAGAUGGUUGUGGGGGAACUGAAGGAGAAUUUUAUCCUGGUUGACCUGGAGAAGGUAAUGGUGGGAAGUUACAGCCUCACAUGGUCAGACGCCCACCUACACCGACAGCUGGUGAUGGUGAUGAGCGGCCCGGUGGUGGAAUCCUUCGACCGGGAGUUUCGAAUCCUCUUUGCCAACUCGCUCCCGAUCCCUGACACUUGGAAGGGUGGGCGGCCCAUCAUCGGGGGGCUCAUAGACGAGGGUCUGGUUGCCAUGAACCGCCCCGAAAGGCUGGACCCGAACUCUAGCAAGCCUUUUCUGCCGGAGAUAAUCCAUAGCCCUCCGCCGUCCUUCACUGAUCAACCCAUCGACUGGGAGGCCUUGGGAGUGAUUCCAAGGGGCCCUGACGCCACUUGCCUGCUCGCCAGUCCCCCGCCUGGCCUCUUAGACGGGCAAGUGCAGUACAGUAUAUUUGAGGAGCCAUUGAUUAUUGAGGAGAAGCCAAUCCCACAGCAGUAUAAUGUCCCACAAUCUAAACUACUCUCGCCCCAGGAGAACAGGACAGGCAUCAAUUCAGCCUUUGGGAAGACUAGGCUGGAUAAUCACAUAAAUUAUGGGCCUCUGAGGAGAUUGUCCAGCACAGACAAGCUCAAUGAGCAGGAGAUCAUGAGAAGUCCUAGGGGCGAGCCAUCAUUGUCUCCCAGCAGUAGAAAGGAGUUUGCGGUCAGAAGGGGUUCCUACCCUGAUGAGGCCAAAAUGGAGCAAAACCAGACCAAGCCUAAAUCAACAAAAGCAAAGAAACCUCUAAUUCUACGAGUAGGCCUACCACAGAUGGAAGCUCGCUUCAGCUCGCUCAGUGACAUCAUGAAGAGACUCCAAAUCCGGCAGAGUACCAGCACACCGAAACGAGGGCCUAAGUCCGCCGUAACCGAUAUCAGCCGCUCUAUGAUGGACCUGAGCACUGGUCAGGCUGACUCAAACCACCGUCUCAAGGCCAAUUGUUAUGACGGACUGCCCCAGACUCCUGCUCAGGCCCUGAUGAGGCAGCGGACUGACGACAAGAACAACAGAUCCCCAAAGUCCUUCCUGUCUCCCAUGCCUUCCAUGCGGCCUCGCAGCUCCACCUUUGGCUACCAGAAGGAGUGGAGGUCGCCCACUAGGCAGCGGAGUGACGAGGAGUAGUAAUUCCAUGCAGAACUGCGUAUGACCGUUUAUUUAAGUCCUAGUUCCAUAGACAGCUUCUCGCGCAUGGUUCUAAGGACAGUGCUGACUUCUGAGGGACCUCAGACAGGACUACUGUUCAAACAGUGCAAAGGACAUCCAAGAGCUGGCUGAUGUGGAAUGACCAUGACAUUUGGUCUCUUUUUUUCCAAUUGUAAGACCAUGAACGCAUCAACACAAUGGUGUGCUCCAUUACUAGGGUGUCUGGCCCUGUUAAAAAAAAAAAAAAAAGUGAACGUUAAGCAACCAACUUUUUUCCCAUGAAAGUAGGUCAAAUAACCUUCCUUAUCCUUUUUUUUUUUUGCUUCACCCAUGUGACAUGUUCUUACCUUGCAAUGUAUUGUUUUGCAUAAAACCAUUUUGGUGUUGAUAAAUAGCAGCAAUACUCAGAAGAACAACACCUUACACCAGCAAGGUCAUCCAAACUAAAGGAGUGCCUUCAAUUAUCAUAUUGUAGCAGCCACAUGACGGGAUGCAAUUGGGAGUUUCAACCCCUUGAGGAAUAUGCCUACAAUAGGAAGUGUUAUUAAAAUGUUACUAUUCUGAAGGUGUGCUUGAUGAUAGGAAUUUCACUAUUAAAUAGCGGACAGAGUACAUUUUAGAUCUGCACAGAUCUAGAUUUUGUACAGAGAAAAAAAACCCACUUCUCCAAGGAUUAAGUGCUGUUAAAAAUAGUCCUUUCGGAGGUGCUCUCUUUUCACCUCUAAUCUACUGCUGUGAAUCCUUUAGUUAUCGUUAUGGUUAUGGUUAUAAGAUUUGGCAGACACUUUUGUCCAAAUCGACAUAGUGAAAUUAAAAAAGUUGGUCAGACUACAUUAGGGAGAAUAUAGCAAUCAUAAACAAUGUUGCCAAUUCAAUCAAUAGCCUUAUGAAAAUAAACAAAGAAAAUGAAGGAAAAUAGCAAAUAAUGUCCAUGCAAUCAAUAUAGUUACAAUAAGAAUGGCAUGGAGUCUAUAUUUAUGUAGGAGAAUAGCAAUAUUAGCAGUGUAAGGUGAAAGGACUGAGCAUGCAGGAAGUGUAUGCCAGGAGAAAAUGUCCAAUUUUGUUAUGCAAAAAUGAGCCUGAUAUAUAUAUGAUAAUUUCUUGCCUAGUUUAUAACAGGGAACUCUUUGUUGUAUUCAUCCACAAUUGUAAAAAAGUGAAUUGUAAACAGUAUACAUACACACUGUAUUAAAAUGUAAAAGUGUCAUAGAACUUUUAUAGAACUUAUGUGGACAAGUUUGUGAACAUUAUGGUAUUAUUGUUGGUCUGAGUGAACCUGAGAAUUUUAUUUUAUACACAAUAGACAAUAACAUUGUAAAUACAUGCUUAGUUAUGUAUUUAGAGUUACGUUUUUGACUUCUAAAUAAAAUGUUUAUUUUAAACUGUA